UGGUCUGCAUAGAUGAGUUGGUCUGAAGGUUCUGUUUCCAUGCUGUAUGACUGAGUAUCAUAUGGUAUAAGUGAUAAAGACAAAAUUUAAAGCCUGCUGGGAAACUCAAAGCAAAGAUUGUCAACCAACACCUGUCUGAGUAAUGAUAACAGUGCUCGUAGAAUUGUUUCAGAACCAUUCAUGUGGUGAUGGAUUGCAAGAUUCUUCUGGUAAAGAAUAAACUAAGCAUACCUGGCAUUCUCAACAAGUUGAAUCAUGACAACAACAGAUGGAAGCCUGCUCUCGACUGAGAUGAACAAUGAAGAGGCACUGUAUGAGCAGCUUCUACUGCAGGCUGCAAAAGAGAUGCAGAAUCAACUUCCAAUGGCACAGGAAUCCAAGCAGAUCAGACCACAACCAGGCUUCUGUGUGAAGACAAAGACGAAGACCAAUGAAAAGGUUUUCAUUAAUAUUUGCAAGUCUGAUCAGAUUCCACCUCCGCCAGACCUCUCUGAGGAGGGCUUGGUCUCCCUGCUGGAAUCCGAUGAUCCUUCCGGAUACAGAAUUCCUAUGAGCCUCGGUGAACCGCACGCUGAAAUUGACAACAGUGGUAAUGGAUGCACUGCAUAUGACAUAGUCAUCAAUUCAAAAUUUUACAACAAAAUUCAGAACAACAAGCUCUUCAUGGAAUUCUUCCUUACUAUCGGCUUUGAGGGGCUGGAAAACAAAUACAAUUUGGAACUUUCCCGAGAAUGGCGGAUGCUGAAGAACAGGAAAUUUCUGGGAUCUGUAACGGAACAAAACAUCAGAACAAAAUCGAAACCUGUUAUCCAGGAACUGGAAUCCAGCACUUCAUCUCCAGGGACCUGCACUGAACCCCUUGUAUCAGAAAUAGCAAGUACCUGUGUGGAGCCAGAAUACACAAUCGUGGCCGAGCCUGCAGAUGAGUACCCCAGCUUCCUGGUAGCAGAAAUCUCCUUACCAAAAGUGGAGUCAGCGGGAUCAUUACUGCUCGACCUUGGAGAAGACCGGAUUGUAUUGUGGGCACGGCCAGACCUUUAUCACUUAGAUAUUUACAUCCCAUUUAACAUUGUUCAGGAGAAAAGUGGCUCUCAGUUCAACAGGAAAACCAGGGUUCUGACAAUAACGAUGCCGGUGCAGCCAGCAUAAGACCACAGUUGCUUCCAGGAUGAUCAUUACUCGCAGAAACUGGAUAAGAGGAACGACUGUGCAUUCCCAGCAUGCAAGUGGUCAGCGCUGCAUAUUUGUGAUGUCACUUUACGUGUCAGCAACGUGGCAUUCACUAUCAAUUUGCUUUUCACUUUCUCGUUCAUGUGAAUGAAGCUGAAAAACAAUUGAAAUUCAAUACUGUCUAGUAUCUCACCCAAAGAUUUUUUGAUAUUUGUUCACAGGCUGACCGUGUCACUAUCAGGGGUAGCGUUUAUUCAUUGCUCAUUGUCCUUGAAGUGGUGGUGAACCAUAGUCCGGAGUUCACCUGAGCAGCUUACCCAGUUCAGAGUGCAGUUAAGAGAUUAGCCACAGUGGAUUUGGAGUCGGAGAGGCCAUUGUAAAUAAGGAUGACGUUCCCUCCCUUUACUUUCGGUUACUCUCAAUAGCUUUUUUUAUUCCAGGUUCUUAUUGAAUUGUCAUGGCAGGUUUUGAAUUCUGGAACCCUCUAAAUUACAUCUUUAAUAUUCAUUAAGGGGUUAGCCAAUGUUUAUGGCCAUCCCUAAUUGCCCUUGAGAAGGAGAUGGUGAGCUGCCACCUUAAACCACUGGAGCCUGUGGAGUUUAGGUAGACCCAUAACAUUCAGUUAUAUCAUCUAGAUGCUACUGCAUCUUUAAGUCGCCACUCUUCAUAUGAAUAAAAUUUUAUGGUGAAAGUU